AUGCUGAUGACCUACUUGGAAGCCAGCCGGAACCUUUGCGAGACGGACUCGAUUCUUUUUGGCGCCGCACUGGCAGUAUGCCGUAUUAUUGGCGCCAAACUUCCCAUGACUGGACGUGCUACUCGACAAAGUAGCGCCAUCCCAGCCUGGAGAAAAAGAAUCGAGGACCGUAUCGCAAAGGCAAGAGUUCUCAUCGGCAGACUGAUAUGCUUCAAAUCAGGCAAUAACAGGCCAAGAAUUGUGCGCACCGUCAGGAUGGCGUUUGCUGGGAAAAAUGUCAGUUUGUCCCAGUCGGAUAUAACGCAAAAACUGACGGAGCGCAUAGAUGAUCUGAAGCAAAAAAUCGCUGCUUGGGGAAAGCGGAUUCGGCGAUAUACCGAGAGGUCGACACGGUUCAACCAGAAUCGUCUCUUCCAGAUUGAUCAGAAGAGGCUCUAUGAAUCAUUGGAGCGACUAAUAGUAAGUGGAACGGGCCCAGCACCGAAUCAGGCCAACACCGUAGCAUUCUGGCGCGGCCUGUUGUCAGAGCCCGUAAACCACAGCGAGGGCCCUUGGACGGAAGUUGUCAAAGUCAGUGUGCGAGUAUAA